AUGCGCCUCUCCGAUCCUGAGGCCUGGCACUUUGAUAUCGACAGAUGGCUGAAUCCAUUGCUGCUGAGUCCGCCAUGGCGAAUCUUACCAUAUCCGAUCUCUUAUUUUCUCGGCCAUAGGAAACACCCGAUCAAGCCCAUCGGUAAUCUGAUCAUGAUUGCGUGGGCCUUUCUCGGCAUCUUCCUUGGUCUCAUUGUUGUUGAGCUGGUGACGAAGCAAGUGCGCCUAUUUAACGACCACAACGGACCCAUCAUCAUUGCUAGUUUUGGCGCCGGGUCUGUUUUGCAUUUCUAUUCCAUCGAAUCACCAUUGGCGCAACCACGAAAUGCCGUCAUUGGCCAGUUCAUCGCCAGUGUGGUCGGUGUCAGCAUCUGCAAACUCUUUGCCUUGAGCCCGCACUUUGAAUCCAUUCGAUGGAUAGGCGGUGCCUUGUCCUGUGCCAUUGCCACGGCACUCAUGGCCCUGACCAAGACGGUCCAUCCACCCGCCGGUGCAACGGCGCUUUUGGCCGUCGUGAGCAACGAGUCAUUACCGCUGGGAUGGCUGUUGGUGCCCAUGAUGUUGUUGGGCUCUGCUCUCAUGCUGAUUGUGGCUCUGCUCAUCAACAACAUUCAACGCCAGUUCCCUUAUUACUGGUGGUCACCAGAGGACUUGUCUCCCAACGGCAAACGCGGCAAGAUCACGGAGGACGACGCUGGACAUGUUCCCGGCGCAGACCUGGAAAAGAACUCGACCAUUUCAUCGCCGAGUCAUAGUGAAGGCUCAUUCGACCAGCCUCGGAUACUCAUCGGGCGAGGCACUGUCCAUGUACCGAGUCAUAUAUAUUUGACGCCGGAGGAGAGGAUCCUGUUGGAAGAGCUGAGCGACCGAUUAUGA